CGGCCCGUUGAUAUUGCGCGCAUAGACACACACACACCUACACACACGCCGAAAACACAUUCACACACACACACGCAACACACACAAUACUCCUCCGGCUCGACGGAUGUUGACUGGUUGGUGCGGUUGGAGCCAGCCGUUUUGGCCAUAAAAUUGAAACGAAAUAAUUAACAAUAACAAAAAAUAAAAGGGCAACGAAAUGAAGCACAAGUGAAGUUAUAAAUACAUACAUAUUUAUAAGAAAAAGGGGUCCAUAACGAACGACGAUAGCGAGGCCAGCGUGAAAAAAUUCUAGUAACUAAUUUUCUCGCAUGUUUUCCAAUGCAACGUUUUUCUUCUGUAUCUGUUUUCCGUACACCCAAUUGCAAGUAAAUUGACAUAAAGGGAAAGUUUGCAACAAGAAAAAUACUAAAAAGUUUAAUUUAAUCACAAAAAAGUGCUGUGUUAAAAGCUAAUUAUAAAUUAAUUAAUAAUACAUACAUAUAACUAACAACAUAAAUAAAGUGUGAAAAUGAUCGUACGCAGACGCUCACGCCGUGCGCGCAUGUGGAACAUGGGCCUUCUAUUUCUGAUCUAUUACUGUGUCAGCAUUUAUUCGGCCAAGGGAGAUAGUAAAGCAGGAGAGUUGCCGGUGGACGUGGGCAACCUGGAGGAAGGAGAGGGUGACACGUUGGUAACAACGCCCGAGACACUGCUUACAGAGGAAACAAUUCUGGAGAUAACGACAGCUGCUCCGCCGCAUGGUGCGGUACCCACUUGGCGACCUAGGCGAGAGAACUGCACCCCACCUGCCAUCGAACAGUUUCCACAGCCCCUGAUGAACAAGUGGGCCCGGCAGCAUGGCGGUCUUAUUAUACAUGUACUCGUGGCCAUCUUUACAUUCUUCGGCCUCGCCAUCGUAUGUGAUGAGUACUUUGUGGCCAGUCUGGACCGUCUGUGCGAAGAACUCAAAUUAUCGCCCGAUGUGGCGGGCGCUACGUUCAUGGCUGCAGGAAGUUCGGCACCGGAGCUAGCCACGGUAGUGAUUGGUGUGUUCUUCGCCAAAGAUGAUAUUGGAAUAAGUGGGGUCAUUGGCUCGGCGGUGUUUAACAUAAUGUUCGUCAUAUCCGUGUGCGCACUCUGCUCGGGCACUGUUUGCCAGCUGAACUGGUGGCCUUUGGUUCGGGACUGCUUCUUCUACUGCGUUUCCAUUCUGGUUAUGCUCGUCAUUAUCUUCAAUGAUGUGAUCUCUUGCUUCGAAUCAAUUUUCAUGCUGCUAUGCUAUGUGGGCUAUUGCAUUGCCCUGCACUUCAAUACGGAGCUGGAGCGUUGGGCUCUGGGCCUUAAUCUGCCAUUUAAACUGCCCAGUAAGGAGGAACAAUCGUCGUUGGUAACAUACAAAAAUGUGCCUGAAGGUUCUUACACACAGGGCACACAACAGCAGACUAGUCUGUCCAAGGAUGCCAACGACGAUGGUGCCGCAGGCUCCAAGCAGCAACAACAACAGCACGCGCAGAACGUCUACCAGAGCUGCAAUGAUCCCAAUGCCAGUUGGGAUCCAGAUGCAGCCUGGGGCGAUGAGGGCUCGAAGCCAGUGGCAGCUGGUGCUAGAUUCAACCAACCAGCGGUCGAUGAUUGGGGUAUGGGUCAGUUCCAGCAGGGUCAAGAGAACAUGGCCUACAAUGCCGACCAGCCCGAGUCUGUGGUCACGGGCGAGUCAGCAGCCGCUGCCGCUGCCGGAGGAGCGGGCAAGCCGGCAGUGGGUAAGCCACAGCCUGCAACGUCCGGCGGCGUCGAGUACUAUAAAUCGACAGACAAAAACCGUGAGCCACGUCCAGAUCCACUCGUACGGCCCACAGACGGCGGCCUGCCAGCACUAAUUGCUUGGUAUGUGGUCUACCCCAUACACUUUCUAUGCAAGAAAACUAUGCCAGAUUGCCGAACCGAACAGUAUCGGAAUUGGUAUCCAUUCACCUUUUGCAUCUCGAUGGUCUGGAUCUCGUUCUAUUCAUAUUUCAUGGUCUGGAUGAUCACGGUCAUUGGCUCAACGCUGGCCAUACCGGAUACGGUAAUGGGUCUGACGUUUGUUGCUGCUGGCGUUUCUGUACCGGAUGCCCUAAGCUCAAUAGCCGUUAUCAAAGAGGGCUACGGCGAUAUGGCCGUUUCAAAUGCGAUUGGCUCGAAUGUCUUUGAUAUACUAGUGUGCUUAGGUCUUCCCUGGUUCAUACAAACAGCCAUCAUAAAGCCCGGCUCGCACGUCAAUGUAAUAUCGAAGGGGCUGGCUUAUUCCACACUCUCCCUACUCUCCACCGUUGUCUUCUUAAUACUCUCGACGCAUUUGAAUGGCUGGAAGCUGGACAAACGUCUAGGUAUUAUACUCAUGCUCUGGUAUCUGUUCUUCAUCACACUGGCGUCGCUCUAUGAGUUGAACGUCUUUGGCUACAUGAACCCACCCGAAUGUCCUAGCACGUACUAAGCACAGUAAAAGGUAAACAGACCGAACAUCAUAUUAGAAUAUACAAAAUACAUGCAGGCAGGACUUCAGUCUUCAGUUUCUAAUCACCAGCACCAAAAACCAUAUACAUAGCCGCAGUAACAACAAUAACAAAAACAUAAUGUUAAUGUUAAUUAAUGGACAAAAUUAAUAGUCAAAGCGUGUUUUACAUACAUUUUUACAUCGCACCAAAAUGGCAAAAGAAGAAAAUAUAUAAAUAAAUUAUAUUUAGGCAACAAUAAAAAAAAAACAAAACAAUAUACAUGAAAGUGUUAGCAAAUAGCGUUGUAGAUAGGGGGAAAUUUAUAAAAUUAAGCGAGUAAACAAUAUUUUAAUGCAAAAUUGCAAUGGUUUUAAGGAUCAAUAAGGAAACCAACAACGCAAAAUUUUCGAAAAACUCAUUUGUUUGUUUUUGUAAAUCAUAACAAAUAUGGCAGAGAGAUUUUUGUUAUA